UGCAGGUGGCUUUGUAAUAAAGCCCGUUCUCUAUGUGUGUUUUAAAAUGUAUUCCUAGGAUUUUUGGACAGUUUUGUGCGUCCUGGUGAUCUUUCCGAGUGGCUUGGGUUCUGACAGUACUUUAAUCGUAACUGUUUUGCUCUCUUUGGUCUGGUUGCAGAGACCAGAUCUGAGCUGUAGCUUUUGUAAUGUUAGUUGUAAAAAAUAGGAUUCAAUGUUCGUGGGUACUGUCAGGUGACGGUUCCAUUCUGUCCAAAUAGGUUCAUGCUGCUUGCUUGGAUUUGAAAGCAAGAAGAUUUUACGCUUGUUGGUCCGUUUCAGUUGUCACGACCACUUUGUUGGAUCUAUUUUAAUUAUAAAAUGCCAACAUGGUCAACUGUAUGACUCGGCCAAAUAUGGUCUUUUAAUGUUUUCUUUUCUUCCUGGCGUAGUAGCCUACUCGAGCGCUAACGUUAGCUGAUCAGUGUUUAGGUUAGUCGCUUUAGUACUUUUUAAAACAACGUCUAUUGACUACAUAUAGCAAGCUGUAUGUGUGGCUGUCGGUCUUUUUAAAAAAGAAAAUAGAUAAAAUAUGAACUGUGGGUGGGAAUUCAGGACUGGCCGCCGAGCCUGUCUGAUUAGGUUUCAGAAACUAAUCUGCGCUGCAGCGCUUCCACCCGUGUUUUUCCUCCCUCCAGAGUUCGCUGGUAUAUUUCCACCGUAGGCUAAAUUGUUCUGUUGUUUUUUCUGUUCUAUUUGAACGUGCUGUGAGACAUUGUAGCCGUUAAAUGUGAUUAAUUUUAUUGCGGAUGACACCAGGAAGACACGAAUGCUUGUCUAUUGAACUUCUACUGUUCCAAUAGUUUGCUCCGUAACUUAUAGCCUAUAAUCAUUUUAAACUGUAGCCUUCAUCCAAAACACAAUCGAAUCUAGUCUUAUUAGUUUACUACGAAAGAAUAACGUUGAAUAAGCUACUCGUCGGUUUAUAUAUCAUAUAUAUAUAUAUAUAUAUAUAUACACUUUUUUUUUUAAUGAAACCCGUCCCUGGUUUAUAAAAAUAAAUGAGAACUCCCGUUUACUUUCGCCUUCCAUGCGUGGUAUUCGCAUUGGUCUCUGGCGAGAAUAGGCUACUUCUCAAAACUGUCAAGUGGAAGGUUUGCGACUUUGGCAUUGGAGGAAAGGGAAAUCUCUCAAUCCAGUGUUUGCAUGCUGUUGACACAUCCUGUCUAUUCUUGGAAAGAGAAAUUGCUAGCUAAAGGUUCUCCGUUUUUAAGUUCCAUUUUUAACACUGUGUCGUUUUAGAACUUGAGUCUGCUCUUGAAUUUGCAGGCCAUGGAACUUUCAUUUUGUAGGCUACGUUCACAUUUUGUUUGUGAAAUGUCAAAUGUGCGUUUUUACAUUUCAUAUAAUCGAUUUGCUCUCGUUUUUAACGAGUGCACAUAAUAAAUCCUUGAAUUCUUAUGAAAAUAAGUAAUGUUGAGAAUUGUUUAAGGAAUAACCAAGGUUUCUGAGCUAUAGCCACAAUAAAACCCCUUAAUUUCUACGUGCACGUGUCCGUCUGUUUAAAUGUUGCUUUCCCUUUCAAUGAUCUACUGUAGAUCCGACCGGACUAGAUCAGAACAAAAAACGAGGUCAUUGUUGAGGGAAUUUUUUUUAAAUAUAUGAAUGUAUUAUUACACCUAUUUAUUUAAAUGGAAACUGCCUUAAUUUCAAAGUUUGGUCAUAAUAUUUUACAUUUUCCCGUCGGCAUUUUCUGUUAGCUAGGUUAUGUGUAUUGAAAUACUUGCUUUAAAUGUUUUCAGUAAUAGCAUACUUAUUGCUUUCUGCAUUUUUUUGCUGUUGUCGUUUCUCAUAUCUAUACCCAUGUCCUAUAAAUGAGAAGGGGCUACAGUUCUCAUGGUUUCACGUUAUUCAUUUGUAGGUACUCUGUUAUGCAUUUUAUAUAAUUUUUCUUUACACUUUACAGCACACAAACAUGAAAUACUCAUUGAAACAUUUAUACACCACUUGUCGUGCUGCUAGUAUCGUUUUGACACAUUUGUCGUCACAAAUAAUUCAUAACAUUCUAUACUGUGAACCACUUAUUAUCGUUGUCAUUCAAAUGCCUUCAUGACCGCACAUCUGUGAAGCAGACUUAUUUACUACCAUUUGUCAAAAUUCUAAUGUUUAGUCCAAUUAUAUGAAAGGGUAGGCCUGUACGGCUGCACUUAGAGGAACAUUUUAAUGUCACAGCUGUGUCAAAGCUGUGCUAUGGCUGUUUUGUCGAUUUGGUGCGUAAUUUGUGGAUUUUGUUGCCAUCUAGUGUUCGGUGUUACGCAUGUCUUCUAGUGUGCAACGUAGGACCUGCACGGUUGUGAAAAAUAGCUUGCCCAACUAGAACUUGAUUUCUUUCCAUAUCCGAUUAAACCAGGAACAAUGGAAUAAAGUCCGUUUUACAGGUAUUCAUAGUUUCCUAUAUUUAUCUUGAUUGAAAAUACAAUGAGGUCCAUAGACUGUAAAACGACUGCAUAACAGGCUAAGUUACUCAAUAUUUUUAAAUGUUUUGCUUACCUCGACUGAACGUUCGAACACAGUCCCAGUUGCUAACAAAAUGUAUUUUUUCUUGUUUUUUUUUACAAAUGGUUCUUCCAUGUAUGAAAAUGAUGCCCCACUAACAAGACGAAAGAAAGUGAUAAAGUGAUUCCUGUGCUGACAUGGCCUUGAUUUUAACAAAAUGGCAUGUGCAGCAGAUAGCUGCAUUCAGUUCAUGCGCCAUGCAAGUGACGUGCUGUUUAACCUGAACCGGCUGCGCAGCAGAAAUAUACUGACGGAUGUAACCAUUCUGGUGAACAGACAACAGUUUCGCGCCCAUAAGACCGUCCUUAUGGCCUGCAGUGGGCUGUUCUACACCAUCUUUACGGAUUCUCUCAAGUGUAACCUGAACGCCGUCAGCCUGGAUCCGAAGGUGGACCCCGAAGGCUUUGCCAUUCUGCUGGAGUUCAUGUACACGUCAUGUCUCACGUUAAAGGAGAGUCUGAUCAUGGCCACCAUGAACACCGCCAUCUACCUGCAGAUGGACCAUGUGGUGGACACCUGCCAGAGGUUUAUCAAAUCCAGGGACCCUUCAGUGAAGCUGCCCAGAGAGGAUUUUUUGGGUAGCCCUUUGCUGUUAUCUCAGGACAUCCACAAUUACAGGGCUCGUGAUGUUGUGGAGAGCCCACCCAGCCACGCAUCUCCUUUCAGCGAUGGCAGGGCUUAUUGUCCCAGCAUAUUCGGUGCAGUUAAUGCUUCUGGCAACUCGUACCACCACUAUGGCCAUCUUCCGGUUCAGGGGUUCCCAUUUCCACUCGGAAAGCUGACGGAUCCCAAAACGUCCCUCACAGACCUCCCUAAAGGGGGAGCAGUCCACCAGAAGCACUGCGGGCCACCCGACAGCACCGUUGUGGUGCGGGCAGAGUAUGCCAGGCCUGGUGCUGGGAGCACUUCCGGUGUCUGCCACAUGACAUCAUUCUCAUCCAGAGAGGUGGCCAGGGAGGAGGUGGUCAGGAAGGAGCCCCCGGGGGCCAUCCAUCAGUUCAUGGGCCUGAGUGUCAGGAAGAACAGUCUCUCGGGCGUGGCCCAGGAACACCGAGAGAUGGGCAAAGAGCCCACACCCGGGGAAGAGGAGGAAGACGUGGGUCACCACCAGCACUACUCCCUCAAUGGACGCAAGGGUGUCCUGAGCAGUCCGCAAAGCCCCCUCAAGUCCGACUGUCAGCCCAAUUCCCCCACUGAGUCCAGUAGCAGCAAAAACGCUCUGGCCCAGGCUCCACCCCGCUCCCCGUCGUGCACGCCGCCCCGCUCCCCUCCCACUCAGGGCUCACAGGACCCCAAGGCCCGCAACUGGAAGAAGUACAAGUUCAUCGUUCUCAACUCUGCCAACCAGACACCCAAAGAGAACGAAAGCAGUCCCCAGGAGGCGGAGACUCACUCCCCACAGCGCCUGGGCUCUCCAGCCUACUUCCAGUCAGGUGACUCAGAGCACACGGACCUGACAACGGCAACCAAGAUCAACCGGCACAGUGAGGAGCUGCUCAUGCCACAGGCCAGUCGUCUCAACAGCAUCAUCAGCAGGGCCCUGGAAGGAUCGCAGAGGCAGAGUGAUGGUCACUCUCUGUACAUGAGCCAGGAGAAGUGCUCCUCCUGUGGGACUCUGUCUCCACAGCACUCUGAAGUGUGUCCCAACACUCCAGGAUCACAGUUCGGAGAAGAGCUUUCCGAACUGCACUCGGAGUAUUCCGACUCCAGCUGUGAAAACGGUACAUUCUUUUGCAACGAAUGUGACUCAAAGUUUUUGGAGGAAGAUUCCCUAAAACGGCACACACUUCAAGUCCACAGCGACAAGCCAUACAAAUGUGACCGCUGCCAAGCCUCCUUCCGCUACAAGGGCAACCUUGCCAGCCACAAAACUGUCCACACAGGAGAGAAACCAUAUCGCUGCAACAUCUGCGGAGCUCAGUUCAAUAGACCAGCUAACCUCAAGACCCACACCCGUAUCCACUCAGGAGAAAAGCCAUACAAGUGUGAGACAUGCGGUGCUCGCUUUGUACAGGUCGCUCACCUCCGGGCCCACGUGCUGAUCCACACAGGAGAGAAGCCGUACCCCUGUGAGAUUUGUGGGACGCGCUUCCGCCAUCUGCAGACACUCAAGAGCCACCUACGCAUACACACCGGAGAAAAGCCCUAUCAUUGUGAGAAAUGCAACUUGCACUUUCGCCACAAGAGUCAGCUUAGAUUGCAUCUUCGGCAGAAGCACGGAGCAAUCACCAACACAAAGGUUCAGUACCGCAUGUCCACUACAGAACUGCCAAGUGACAUCACCAAGGCCUGCUGAGCAAAAUCCAGAGUGAAGUCAGCCUAGCCAUGGAAGGCCCUCACUUUGUACAAUUGUCCAAAAUUGUAGUGCCACACUGUUGGAGAAAAGAAAAGAAAAAAAAAAAAAAAAAACUUGGGCAGGGAAUGCUAACUUAAACGGGUUUCCUCUACAUGUGAACGUAGAACCGGAUGUGGUUAUGAUUUAGUCACUUUAAUGUCUGUGUAAUAUACAUAUACACAAAAGUGGGCAUGGAUAUAAGCUUUCUGACAUGUAUAUAAAGCUUUAUUUUGGUGAAAAAGAUGUUCUGUUGACAUUGAAAUCCUUUUUAGGAUACAGCAUUUUUCUUUAUAAAAUACUUUUUUUGAAAGUAUAAUACAUUUUGAAGGUUGGUACAUUUUUUAGGGUACUAGUAUUUUUUGGCAAAACUGUACAAAUUCAGAAAAUCCAUGAAUAAAUUCUAUUCCCCAUGUAAAAAUUCAUUCUAAACUGAGAUUUUAAUGUAUUUUGACUUUACCCCACAAUUAUCAGUGCUGCUUAUUUGAACAAAUGUGAUUUUGUUAAAAACAAAUGAGAAAAAAAAUAAUGGAAGCAUGAGGGUGACUGCAGUUAGCAAUCCUAAUUGAAGUGUGAAAUGGGCCAUUCUAAGUGUUCUGUGACAUAAUAAAUGUACAAUUACGUCAAAUCAGGUUGCGCUCUGCUGGCAGAGCAGCUCUGGAAAUGGCUGAAAAUAUGUAUUUUAAAAAGGUACUGCUAAUGCAUAACCGAGAACAUAUUUUGUCUAAAACUGCUUUCAAAUGUAUUUGUACAGUUUUUUGGCGAGUGAAGGUUUACAGGUAUCGAUGUGUUAGAAGCUACAGUAGGGUGUAAUAUAGUCCUGGUUUUGUACAUACACUGUGUGUCCUCCAGGUGCCUUUUUGAGGUGACUGCGCUCUUUUUCUAUUCAACCCCAUUUUAAACGGUACGACUCAACGACGGUACUUGUUCCUUUUAAGCUCCUGCUUUUCCUCUACCUGUAAAACCCUGCAAAUGCAACCUUGCCUGAGUUGUAAAUCUUCAGGAAUUGCUUUGGGAUUGGACAUUUUUUUAAACCGCAUAAAAUGUAUUGUAAAAUAUAGAUGUAUGAAUGUAAAAUAAAAGUACUGAAUUUCUAUGUA